UUACAUUAAGUUAUGCACCGGAUGGAUGCAUAGUGAGAGGGCUGCACGGUUUAAAACGAUAAUUGUCAACGUCUGCGGCGUGUCAGCUUUUCCAAAGCUUCCUGUUGUUUAGCUAACCGCAAGCUUAGUGACAGCGGGCACAGUUUUAAGUAGCUUUGAUGUGGUAUUCGGGCCUGUAACAUCACUCAGUGAAAGCACAGGCUGUUGUGAUGUCAGAGGCAAAGUCCCCUACUCCGACCCCUGGAGACACAUACAAGGGUUGGCUCUUCAAAUGGACAAACUACAUAAAAGGUUACCAAAGACGCUGGUUUGUUCUCAGCAAUGGCUUGCUUUCUUACUACAGGACUCAGGCUGAGAUGGGUCACACAUGCAGAGGCACCAUUAACUUGGCCACAGCCAACAUUGCUGUGGAAGAUUCGUGCAAUUUUGUGAUUUCUAAUGGAGGGGCACAGACCUAUCACCUGAAGGCCAGCUCCGAAGUAGAGCGCCAGCGAUGGAUCACUGCUUUGGAACUUGCAAAGGCAAAGGCUGUCCAAAUGCAGGCGGAAUCUGAUGACUCAGGUGAUGAUUUCCCUGCAGUCUCGCCAAACUCAGGACAGGGCGGAGACUGCCGUAACACAGAAAUCCAGUCUACAUUACGCACACUCAACAGCAAAGUGGAGGAUCUUGCCACCUGCAAUGAUCUCAUUGUCAAGCAUGGGUCUGCUCUCCAAAGGUCUUUAUCAGAACUUGAAGGACUUCGUGUCGCAGUGGACAUGGGAGAAAAGGUCAAACAAGUCACAGAGAGAGCCACGCUGUUCCGAAUCACCUCCAAUGCCAUGAUCAACGCAUGUAGAGACUUCCUUUCCAUGGCUCAGAGCCACAGUAAGCGCUGGCAGAAGGCCUUACAGACUGAAAGAGAACAGAGGAUACGUCUGGAGGAGACUCUGGAGCAGUUAGCCAAACAGCACAACCACCUAGAAAGGGCUUUCAGAGGAGCAACAGUUCUCCCCCCGUCAUUCAGUAAUCCUGCCUUAGGAAACAAAGGGGCUGUUUCAGGGAAAGCCGAUGCCAGUGACGAGGAUGAUGACAAUGAGUUCUUUGAUGCUAUGGAGGAGCCAGCAGAGUUUAUUACUGUCCCCGCUGACCCCAAAUAUCACAGGAGAUCUGGUAGCAACAUCAGUGGGAUCAGCAGUGAGACUGGAACGGAUGAUCAGUCGGUAAAUUUUGAUGAACUUUCUUUGGCAUCUAACCCGGAGUCUCCACAGCCGCUGGAGCUGGAGCCAGUUAGGCAAAGGCGAACUCGUAUCCCGGACAAACCAAACUAUUACCUCAAUCUGUGGAGCAUCAUGAAGAAUUGUAUUGGAAAGGAGCUCUCAAAAAUACCAAUGCCUGUGAAUUUUAAUGAGCCCCUGUCAAUGUUGCAACGUCUGUCUGAAGACCUGGAGUACUACGAACUCCUUGAUAAGGCUGCCAAGUGUCAUAGCUCUCUAGAGCAGAUGUGUUAUGUGGCAGCCUUCACAGUGUCUUCCUACUCCACCACAGUCCACCGCACAGGAAAGCCCUUCAACCCUCUGCUCGGAGAAACCUUUGAGCUCGAUCGGCACAGAGAGUGCGGUUAUCGCUCUCUUUGUGAACAGGUCAGUCACCACCCACCUGCCGCAGCUCACCACGCCUUCUCUGAAAAGGGCUGGACCCUCAGACAGGAGAUAACACUAGCCAGCAAGUUUAGAGGGAAAUAUCUCUCUAUCAUGCCUUUGGGUUCUAUUCAGUGUAUAUUUGAAAAGAGCAACAAUCACUAUUCUUGGAAAAAAGUGACCACAACAGUUCACAACAUUAUUGUUGGGAAAUUGUGGAUCGAUCAGUCAGGAGAGAUAGACGUGGUGAACCACAAGACAGGAGAUCGCUGCCACCUCAAGUUCGCUCCCUACAGUUAUUUUUCCAGAGAUGUACCGAGAAAGGUAACAGGAGUCGUAACAGAUAAGGAUGGAAAAGCGCAUUAUGUCCUGUCAGGAACAUGGGAUGAGAAAAUGGAGUUUUCCAAAAUUAUGCAGAGCAGUAAAGGUGAAAACGGCACUGAAGGCAAACAGAGGACUGUGUAUCAGACACUCAAAGCCAAAGAAAUCUGGAGAAAGAACCCGUUACCGGAGGGAGCAGAGAACAUGUACUACUUCUCCUCUUUGGCUUUGACUCUCAAUGAACCCGAAGAGGGAGUUGCGCCAACAGACAGUCGGCGGCGACCUGACCAGCGGUUAAUGGAGGAAGGCCACUGGGACGAGGCCAACGCAGAGAAACAGCGUCUAGAAGAAAAACAACGCAGCGCCCGUCGAGAAAGAGAGAAAGAAGCAGUGAAAGCAGCCAGCUCACCUGAGGAAGCUGUCACUGAGGCUUCGAUCAAUGACUCGCCUUUGAAAACUGAUGCAAAAGAGCCUGGUCCCGCUUCAAGUGAGAUUUCUGAUGAAAGUGCCCAUCCAGACACCUACCAAGCACUGUGGUUUGAGAAGAUAGAUGAUCCUGUGUCUGGAGAGACGUUGCACAUCUACAAGGGGGGUUACUGGGAAGCUAAGGAGCAAGGGAACUGGGAUCUGUGCUCUGACAUCUUCUGAGCACAGCUGAACAAUUUCCCCACUGCGGUGUACAAAUGCCACGAUCGUUAGAGGGACCCCUUUUUCCUAUCACAUUAAUUGGGAAAUCCAGUUUGACAUCAGCCUAGCCCGUCUUCUGACCAACCUCCUUCAGCCCCUCAGUUCAGCAGGAUCAAGGUCAGCUGGACUUCGCGUUCAAGUACACCUGAUUACCUGUGUGGCAUUGUAGUCACCCUGCAGCUGGUUGGUGUUCCUCUCACUGCCUCUCAAACCCUGAAGUUUAGCUUGGUUUUGGUCCACAGCUUCUUCCCAGUCCAGGGUUUUCUGAUCCAGCCUUGAGGUUGCAGUUUGCAACAGCUCUUUCUGGAAAUGUCAUUCUGCAUUUUCUUUGGAUGUGCUAUUGUUGGAAGGGUUAUUGACCCAAAUGGUCCCUUUCGAUAUGGAAGGCUUGCUCUGAUAGGUUGAGGUACUACCUAACGUGAUUAAUGUAUGUUUUUCUGGCACAUUCCUGUUUGUUUUCCAAAUACUCCAAAGCCUCCUCAGCACAAAACCACAGCAAGUCAAAGUUAAAUCACAUCCUUUUGAAAUUCCCACAGUAAUAUCCACGUUACCAUUUUCAGGCCACAAGUUUAGCUUUUGUCAUUUUGGAGAUAAAUGAACAUACAUUCGAUACAGAGAUACAGAGCCAGACUGAUAUAGGAUUUUUAAGACUAAUAUACUGUCCUACAUUUGACACAGUGACCUUUUAAUUUUCUUUUUGGGCACAUAAACACACUUUCUUAACAUUUGUUACAUGUAUUUAUUUAUCUACUCGUUUACGCUCUGCCUGACUCUGCUCAGAGCACCUGGUUGUGUUUCAAACACAGUGUAGCCAACAGGGAAGUGGACAAAGCGUAACAUCAACAAUCAGAAUGUCCCUUACGUUUCUGCGCUCCGUUUUUCAUUCUCAUUUAUAGGUCAUUAUAAAUGCCAAUACUGAGAAAUCGGCAAAUAGCCGAUGUAUCAGUCGGCCUCUAAUGCAGAGUUUGCCUUUGAAUUUAUAGUGAUUUGUGGUGCUGCUUUAACCCCUGAAACAACAACUAUGGAGGUAUAAUAUAGUUAUAUACUAAGACUUUUUAAAAAUUAUUUGAACUUUCUAUUUUCCCCAUUCUAAUACUCCUCCUAUGCCCUGUAAAUACACAGCAAAGAUCUAGAAGUAUUUAUUAUAACUGUGCUGUCCCGCAUAUUGGUGGAGUUACUCAUAUAAAACCUGAAUAUGGCUUCAUACAUCAUUCAUUUCAUACUACAGGAGUAGUAGAGUACUACUGAAAUGGCAGUUACUGUUGCAGAGGCAUUUUUAGGUUGUCUGUGGUCAAUGGUCACAGUCACUUUUUUUUUUUUUUUUUUUGGCCUUUGCUCAAGAAUUGAAACAAAAGCUAUGACAUUUGCGUUUGUGACAUUUGCAUUAGGGAAAACUGCCCCACUUCUCAAAGUUGAUAAAUUUCAGAUGUAUUUUUCUAAUUUAGCUUUAAAAGUUUCACUCCUGGUUUCACAGUAGAUGUCGAGGCUAUCCACGUGAAUUUGUGACUAAAUUUAAAUCAGCAGAUCUGCACUCUGAGUCGUCACGGAACUGCGUGGAGUUUACUGCUAACUCGAGGAUUUGCAAACUGAGGGCAUUUGAAGCGAGUGGUUUGGCCUUUGUGGUUAACUUCAGACUUAGCGAUCAUAGCUUUAAUCUUGAUUACAAAUAUUUGUGUGCUGUGAAUGUAGAUUUUGUUUUUUGUUUUUUUUUAAAAUAGCAAUAAGAGUGCCUCUGCUCCUACAAGAGGCACAAACUGAAAUGCGGGGCUAGCGUUGAGCAAGAACACUAAAGCUGCACAAACCGAUUUUUGUCUCGGUCUUUGCUGUUGUUUGUCUCGAGGUGGAGGACUGUUCAAGUGAUAGAAAGUUUUAAUUAAUGUCAUAUUAAAGUGUACUUAAAAUAAACUAUGAACGAAGACGACAAAAACAGCGCUAGAAAAUGAUUUCUGUGUAAAUACACCAAAUAGUGAAAUAACUGUGAUCAUAAGUAGUUGUGUUGAUGAAGAAUAUAAAAAGAGUGAUGCACUUUUAAAGUUUUGUUUUGCGUUUUUUUGGGUUUCAUUAUCGUUGUUUACUCCAUAUGAACAUAGUUUCAUUUUCUGAAGCGAGGGCACCGUGUUACAACAUGUAGCUCUUUAGCAACCAAGUUAGCUUUCAGUUUGAAAUAUUCGUCUUUACUUGUUUGCUGCCACCUUCAUCUUCAUCGAGGCUCUGCAAGCCAUUUAAAAACACUUCUUUAUAGAAUAGGUUUACAGAUUUGCGUCCUCUGUUGUUUUUAUUACAUGUAACAUUUCUGUUUCUGUGUUCGUUUGAAUUGUGUGGUUCUGUCAUUUCAUCUUUAUGUUUCUAGAUUUUUUUUUCUGUCUGUUUCCACCAGUUUCAUCACUUUGUUCUAGUGUUUUUUUCCUCCCUUUUUUCUGACUGUCCCUGUCUACAGUUGUCCAAAGCUCCAGAAAAUUGAACUCUAACUUAAUUCAGACUGAAUUUUAUUACUAAAUGGUCAGAUUUUGAUGUUGGCUAUUGAAAUAUUUGUGUGAGCUUGUUCUGGGAACUUUUCCUGAACCAUGUUCAAUAAAAUAUGAAAUGAAUUACAAUUCUGAGCAAACUUUUCACCUUUUUCUGUCCUUUUGAUGGAGUUUUUAGAAGGAUUGUUUUAGAGAUUGUGGCUGGAUUAAAGUCUGAAUUGAGAU